GUUUUUUUAUGAAAAUAAUACUCAAAAACUUUAAUAAAAUUGAGAUGGUGAUAAGAAAUCUAUAUAGCUAGCUAGGUGCCACACCGAUUGAUAAGAGGGAGGAGGAGGAGAUAAUGGAAAUAGUAGCGGCUAAAACCCUCUGCCUGGGCUUAAACCUCAAGUUAAUAAGUCACAAGCAUAAAGUGAAUGUCUUUACUCCAAAUCUAACUCGCAAAAUACCAUCCUUUUCCCAUCAAAUGAGAUGUGGGGCUCAAGGAUUUUGGAGAAGGGAAAAUGGUAGAUGUUUUACUCCUGUUGCGGCUGUAGUAUCAGCUGCUGAAGAUGUUGAAGUAUCUUCCUCUCGGUUCAAAGAUUGCACAGUGAUGAUUACGAGUACCAAUGAAGAUCAAGAAUUGAAGAUAAGAGUGGAAGUAUCUGGUGCUAAAACUAGAGCAAUUUUUGAAGAUGUUUUCAAAAAAAUGGUUACUGCAGCCCAGCCAAUCCCAGGAUUUCGAAGAGUAAAAGGAGGAAAAACACCGGAUAUACCUAGAGACAUUUUGUUAGAAGUUCUUGGACCUUCAAAAGUUUACAAGGAAGUGAUCAAGAAAGUCAUAAACUCUACUGUAGCUGAAUAUGUUGACAAGGAAGGCUUAAAAGUUAGCAAAGACUUGAGAGUUGAACAAAGCUUUGAAGAUCUUGAAGAUGCAUUUGAACCAGAUGAAAAAUUCAGCUUUGAUGCUGUCAUUCAGCUUCAACAAACAACUUGAAAAACAUUGCACUUUUGAGAAUGAAUCCAAUUUUGCCCUGUAUUAAUUGUUCCAGCAACUUGUUUGCUCACUGGAAUGUGAAACUAAAAUUAGGUGAAUGUACAGAGUUAUCAGAUCCCUUUUCUAUUAAUUAUUUAUUUAACCAUUUUGAGGCUCA